AUGUUGCAAGUCGUUGAAGCGCCGCGGAAGGGGAUUUAUGCUUGGCCUUCUGAUCUUGGCAAACUAGCAGACGAGCAAAAUUUAGAUGUGCGAUCUGCCGCAGCAAGGAACAAUAAUUCACGCUUCGCUUUCCUACCGUCUGAUUCGUCCACGGCUUCUCUGGGCGCCUCAAGGACGAAUCCGUUCAGAGAUAGCCCAUCCAGAUAUUUAGUAACCAUGGCGCUAGAGGGUUCUCGUCCCUACUAUGCGUUGAAACAUGGUGUCGCCCUCGAAACGCGCGGGGAAAGACUCUCAAAUAGAUCCGUGAUGCGUGCGCAGCGCGUUUCAGAGCAGCGUUUUGGCGCGUCCACUGCAUGGUUGCAAGAAGAGGCUCAAGAGUCGUGCGGCUCGGGAAAUUGCGAUGUGGCGCGAAGCUGCGCUGACGGCGGGUGGGACGGCGACGAGGGGGAGAGCAUGGGCGACAGCGUGGCGUGUGGCGGAAAGAGCGUCAGCGGCCGCCACGUGGCUGACCACGUGGUCUUCCGUAGAAUCGACUCUGAGCACAGUGAUGCGCCCUCGUUUCUCCGACUCCCACCAUUGGCCGAACGGAUCGCGACCGCUCCGAGUUUCGGUCCGCGGCAAUCGGGAGAACCGCGUCCGCACCGCGCAGCGACGUGGUCUUCGAGUGCGCCCCACUCGAGAAAUGAAACCGACGGCGGAGAUGAGGGGCAUGGUUGGCACUUGCUAAUCAACGGCGACAGUGAGGCCAAACUGUCGCCAGGCGCGGGAGGAUGCGACAAGCCGUUCGUCGUCGCUGCGGACUGUGCGAAGUCAACGACGCCCACCGCAGCCGUCCCUCAUCUCUCGGAGAGCGACGGUGGCGACGCGACGCCAGGCACCGCGACUUACGGAAACUCCGGUUCGCGCCGCCCGCCUGACACGUGGCACGACAAGCACCUGCUAUGGUCUCCCUUCGGCGACUCCUUGCUCAUGCCGGGCGCUUCGCCGAGCCUGUCGCCGAGACUGUCGCCGAGUCUGUCGCCAAGACUGUCGCUGGCGGCGUUGGAUUCCGUCGUUUUGGGGGACGAGCUGUGGCGGAGCAUCGAGCGUCUCGACGGGCGAAGCGACGACGAAGAGGGAUGCGGAGACGAGGGGCGCGGCGCGCAGGAGAGGUGCGGCGCGGAGGAGGGGUGCGACUCCGGCAAUGACGGCGCGACGCCGUGGGACGACGUGGUGAAGGACCUCUUUCCUGAGCUGCACGUAGCCGCCCAUGAUGCCGCCCAUGAUGCCGCCUCGCCACCGCUCCCGCCGCCGGCCACUUCGGAUAUCGUGCUGCAGGUCCCGGCUAUUUCGUCUCCCCCUGCCCCCCCCUCCCCUCGCUCCGCCUCCCCCUCCCUCUUCGGCUCUCUCCCCGCCGCUAGCAUCAGGCCGUCCCCCUCCGCCUGCGCGCGAGCGGAUUCCCCGCCACUGGAUGCCGCGCAGCUGCCUUCUGCUGGCAGAAAGCCCAUUGGCGCCGCGACGAGGCUCGUGCGCGGGGCGCCGCAUACUUGGGGGACGGCUCCGCCGCUCCUCUGCGCGCGGGCGCCUGACGGCCACGACCGCCGCGCUUGCGCACUGCUCGCGCUGCCUUCUGCGUCUGCACGCAUCCCGCCUCCGCCAGGCGCGCAGAAACGGCGGGCGGACGAGCUGGGAAAGGGCGAGGGCGCGCGGACAGGGCUCGUCGACACGCCCCAUGCCUCGAGAAGCAGCGAGAACGGUGGCGCGACCGGCGCUCCGAUAUCACGCAGCGCCGCUCGUGGUGGUGCUCAUUGGCGCGGUCCCGCGCAAACAGGAGGCGCGCGUGUGAGGCCUGGCCCGCCCUCGCCCCUCCUUCUCCCACCCCUCGCUCUUCCGCCCUCCUCUCCCCCAGUCCUCACAGCCCCUUCCCCCACCCUUUCAGCGCUCACGCUCCCUUCCCCCCUCGCGCUCCCCACGCCAUCCACGCCCUUCCCGCCUGACUGCGCGCCCAAUACCGCCACUGCACCUCCCCGUCAACCCUCACACGCGCAUCUUCCCGCCAACCCCUCACCCGCCCGCUGCCCUGCCACCACCCCGUCCCGCCCUUGGCGCAAUCACGGGGCGGCUGAGAGGCCAGGUGGUGGGGAUUUUGGGGGAACGGCCGUGGGGGGAGGAGCAGCUGUGGGGCCAGGAGCUGCAGUGACAGGGAGAGCGGCAGUGGGCAUCCGGAAAAUCGUGGGCGCACACACAGAGGCGCUGGGAUUGAGAGGCAGGGGCAAGGCAGACGCACCAGUGCCUAUGGAGAUGACGGCAGGGUCACUGGUACCGGGCAGUGCACGGCUGGACACGGCAUCACUGCUGGAGCGAGCAGCGGCCUACAUCGCCUUCCUGCACGCCCACUCCCUUGCUGCUGGCGCUGGGCACGCUGACAUGCUGCAAGCACGCUUCACUGAUGGGCUGGGUGGGGCGGAUGAGGGUGUGGAGGGCAGUGGCAGUGAUGCCUGUGCUGAUGCUGCUGCUGCUGCUGCUGCUGCUGGUGGGGGUGCUGGUGCUGGGGAUGGGGACAGGGGUGCCAGCGCAGAUGAUGUGGAGUGCAUGGACAUCUGA